ACUUGUGAUAAGCAUAAUGGUGAAGGUAGUACCACUUCAAUGCCUCAGCAAGUUCCAAACCCAGACCAACAUAUAGUGCUAUCAAACACACCACAGAGCUCAACUCAAAGCAGGAAGAGGAAGUCAGCUGCAUCUGCCACCAUCAGUGCUGCAAGCAUGCCAAAGACAAAAAUUCCUAGCAACCAAAAGGCACUCCAAGUUGUUAGGGUCAAUGCAACAGCAAGAGUUGCAACACAUCAAGGUGGUUCCGCUACUGUCAAUUUGCAAGCCAUUGUACUAGGAUCCCAGGGAUCGACAAGUGCAUCAGUACAGAUCAAGUCUGGGAAAGCUUCUGUUUCUGUAUCAGCUCAAGAACCAGGAAAUGGCAAGGGAAAGAAACCUACUCCUGGUCCACUGCUACUUAUACCUCCAUGGGAAUCUGCCAAACUAUGAUGCCAUUUGUUGAAGGCUAUGAUGCCAUCUGUUGCAAACUGUGU